AUGAGCGGAGAACAGAGAAAAUUGAGGUUUUCCCUGCCUAACCUACCCGAACAUCCCGGGAUGAAGGAACACACCUAUGGAUGGUACCCGGCUGUACGGGAUGUAUACACGGAAAGGAGGCUGGGCAUGCCCACCACAUACGAUCUGGAGGCGAUGUACAAGUUCCGGGACAGUAAAUAUUACACGGCGCCCAACCCGCCAUCACCUCGCACACCCAAACCCUAUCGACCGACGCCGACGCCGACUAAACACAGACCAACGUCCAGUACGUCGUCAAAAUCCGGUCGAGAGUCCGGACUACAGGUGCGUGCAAAGAGUGCGCCCAUUUAUAAUUUUAAAAGGGUACCUCGUUUAGAGUUACCCACACCUCUCCAAUGCUGGGCUGGCAGUAGUGUAUCAGAGACGGAGGUUGGGGAGACGCCCAGUUCUCAGACUUUACCAACCCCGACCCCUCCUCCUCCUAAACAAGAAACUCCAAAGGAGGACCAGAAACAGGCACGCCGAGACAGGAUCAAGAGUGCUGUCAUACGACGUGACCGGGCGCAGGCGCCUAAGCGCCCGGUCAAGUCAGCGGGGCCAACUCGUUCACCUGUGGAGGUUUAUCAGGCCCCUGUGCCACCAAAGGAAGGCACUUCGCCUGCACCUCCCACAUCACCUGCACCAGAAGUAUAUUAUAUACCGGAAGAACCUUACUGCCGCCCAACGACGGCGGAAAAUUAUGACAAAAAUGUCAAAGAAUACGGGUGGAGAUUUGAAGUUCAUGGCGAUCCGUACAAGUUAAAGAAAAAGACCCUCUCCAAGCGGCUGCCCUACUACGUGACGGUUCCAGAGCCGGAGAUAGAGAAGGACGGUCCGAAGGUCAAGAUGGAAAAUAUGGAAACCUUCUUCUACAACACUAUCCCCAGACGUCCCGCCACAUUCACUAUACAUAAGGAGUGGAUCUCUGAAACGAUACACGCACAGCGUAUGGAACUUCAGAAACGUGAAGGCAUCAAACAUAGAUGGAAGAACUUUAGUUUUGUGUAUUAGGAAUCUUAGUUGCUCAUCGUUUAUUAUCAAUUAAUUACUUUAAAACAAU